GUGUGAUAUCUUAGUGCAUUUUGCUUUUAUUUAAUUUAUUCAAUUGCUAAUUGAAUUAGGUGUAGAUAUGGAGAUGAAGCAUUUUAGCCACAAUUCGUCAUUUUUGCUGCUGACUCGUAAAUCAUAAGCAGUGCAGCAGGGUCCAAGAAAGGGCUAAAGGACCUCUUUCAUUAUGAUGACGUCAGAGGAAUCAGAUUCCAUAAGUACUGUACCUUCAGACGGCCAUGCUGAAGAAAUGUCAGCGUCGGGGACGGAGGACGCGCCUUCGUCGAUGGUGUCGAGCGAGGCGGAGUCGGAGGGCAGCGUGCUGUCGGAGCCGCCGCGGACCGAGCUGGGCGAGCUGGCGAUGAGCCGCAGCUGCGACAGCGUGCUGCCCGAGCACCAGGCGGCGCCCGACAAGCCGCCGGCGCCCGUGCCUAGCGACUGGCGCAGUGUCGGCAACACCGUCUCCUCAUUAGUCUCCACCAGAGGUUCUAUGCUCCCUUGGGGCUCACAUAAAGGUCCAGUGAUGCUGCCUCCAGACUCAGAUCUCAGACCCGGCGAGUUUGUUAUGAGGCUGCUCUUUACAGAGUUCACCGUCCAAGCGGAACGAAAGAUGGAGGCUGUCAUGGCCGAACCACUAGAGAAACCAUUAAACAAAACACUGCAGCGUGGUGAAGAUCCACAGUUGGAUCAAAUACUAUGCGCAUUUGGAACUGUUGCUGAACACUGCUUGCCAUCUCUCCUGCGCGCCUUGUUCGGCUGGCUGGAAAGACAGAUGGCUGACUCUCCUCAACUCAGCGAGCAAGCGAAGAAACCCCACCAGGAUCUGAGAAAUAAGAGUAUUAUCUACAUCGUGUCGGGCAGCGGAGCGGGCACGGAGGCGGUGGAACGUAGCUGCGAAGAGCUGCAGGCGGAGAGGCGCGACCUCGCCGUCGAAUUCCUCUUCUGCCUAGCCCUAAUAGAGGUCCUCAAACAACUGCCCUUUCACCCGGGGCAUGAAGAUUUGGUCCAGUACAUUGAGAAUGUAGCUUUUAAGCGUUUUAAUUAUAAAGAAGGAUUGCAAUCUAACCCAAAUGCUGCUAAUGUGCACAUAAUAGCAGACCUAUAUGCAGAAGUAAUCGGAGUUUUAGCUCAAUCCCGUUUCGCGUCAGUCAAGAAACGGUUCACUGCGGAACUUAAGGACUUGAAAUCUCGCGAGCCAUCUCCGCAUACGACGCAAAGUAUUAUAUCCCUCUUAAUGGGCAUGAAGUUCUUCCGUGUGAAGAUGGUGCCGAUCGAGGAGUUCGAGGCUUCGUUCCAGUUCCUGCAGGAGUGCGCGCAGUACUUCCUGGAGGUCAAGGAUAAGGACAUCAGGCAUGCGCUGGCGGGGUUGUUUGUCGAGAUCCUGGUUCCUGUUGCUGCUACGGUGAAAAAUGAGGUGAACGUGCCAUGCCUAAAGAACUUUGUGGAGAUGCUAUACAGCCACACGCUGGACGCCAGCACCAAGUCCAAGCACCGGCUCGCGCUGUUCCCGCUCGUCACGUGCCUGCUCUGCGUCUCGCAGAAACAGUUCUUCCUCGCGAACUGGCACUGCUUCCUUGCCAUGUGCCUGUCGCAUUUGAAGAACAGGGACCCCAAAAUGUGCAGGGUGGCUUUAGAAUCUUUAUACCGUUUACUAUGGGUCUACAUGAUAAGAAUAAAAUGCGAAAGCAACUCAGCGACGCAGUCUCGUCUCCAGAGUAUAGUCAACUCAUUGUUCCCCAAAGGCUCGAAGGGUGUAGUACCACGCGAUACACCUUUAAAUAUCUUCGUCAAGAUCAUACAAUUCAUAGCUCAGGAGCGGUUAGAUUUUGCUAUGAGAGAGAUCGUCUUUGAUCUGCUUAUGGUCGGUAGACCGAUUAAAAUAAUAAUGACACCAGAAAGGAUGUCCAUUGGACUUCGAGCGUUCCUCGUCGUGGCAGACAGCCUCCAGCAGAAGGAAGGCGAACCGCCUAUGCCGCGAACGUCGGGGACGCUGCCGUCAGGAAAUACUUUGCGGGUCAAAAAGACGUUUCUCAACAAAAUGUUGACUGACGAGACCGCGCGAUCUAUUGGAAUGAGUGCGUACUUCCCGUACGUCAGGCGGGUUUUAGUGGAGAUUUUGAGAGCAUUGGACGCACACUAUGGAAGGCCGCUAAUGUUGACUAAUACUCAAAACGUGACGAAGGAGCAGGAGAUAAACACGGGUGAAAGGAAACCUAGGAUUGACUUGUUUAGAACGUGUGUCGCCGCUAUACCAAGACUGAUUCCGGAGGGCAUGAGCUCGAGCGAGCUGGUGGAUCUGCUGUGCCGGCUGACGGUGCACAUGGACGAGGAGCUGCGCGGGCUGUCGUUCCAGAGCCUGCAGACGCUCAUCGUGGACUUCCCCGAGUGGCGACAGGACGUGCUCGCCGGCUUCACGCAGUUCCUCGCCAAGGAAGUGCAGGACACGUCACCGCAACUGGUAGAGAACGGUCUGCGGAUGCUGCUACAGCUGAUCACGAGUUGGAAGAACGGCGAGCCGGCGCCGGUGCCCGCCGCACCCAAGCCUGAGCCGCUCGCCGCCGUGGUGCGCGGCGCGGAGGCGCUCGCUCUCGUCAUGCUGUGUCAGUGCAAGGCGUACCCGCGGCGGCUGGCCGUGCACAUACUGAGGGAAACGAAGAGCCUGUUAGAGAAGCUCGGUUUAACAGCGGAGGAGUGCGCGCUGAUCGACGCGGCGGACGCGCACGUGCCGGCGCUUGCGGAGCGCUGCCUGCCGCUGCUGCCGCCCGCCGAGAAGCAGGCGCUGCUCGCCGCCGGCCAGCCCGACCUCGUGUGCGUCGCCGAGCGCAGCCACGCCGUGUGGACCGCGGGUAUUCAACAUGACGAUACAUCAUCUAAAAACAGCUGGAGUGGCAGUGCUUCAAACGGGGCGGAUCCUUGGGAGGUGAUCCUGUUUGGGCUGCUGGAGCGCAGCCGCGUCCCGGCGCGCUGCCCCGCUACGGUUCUGCAGGCGUGGCCCAUAUUGCACGCCCGCAUACAAGCGCUCUACACGAUCAUAGAACCGGCGCCCGUGAACGAUAAUCGCGCGUCGCUUUUGUCAAGAAGCCCAGCACUACCGAGAAAGCCAGAAAAGGAGAGAGACGGAUACAUGCAGGUGUGGAAGUACUACAUGACAAUGGCGUACUUGGUGGUGCCGGCAGUGCCCAGCCCCGUGGUCCGCUGCGCGAGCCCCGACCUCAGUCUCAGUAGCACUGACGCGGAGGCUUGGCUCGGGGGCGCGGCGCUCAGCUCCUCCAGCGAGAGCCUCAACGCGCCCGGCGGCUUCUUCACGCUGCCAUUAAGCUAUGCGCGCGGACACAAACAUCACAAGCGGACGAGCUCGUCGCCAGACUCUCUGAGCGAGCGCAGCGGCGGCGAGGCGCGCGGCGCGGCGGCGCCGGCCGCGCUGCACAAGCUGGCGGUGCCGCUGGCGCGCUGCGAGGUGCCCGAGGUGCGUGACGCCGCCAUCGCCGCCUGCGGCAACAUCAACCCCGAUGCGCUCAAAGACUUGAUGGAAGAGCUGGUGCCUCUCCUGAGGGAAGCCGUGGACCGCAAGCAGGAGAACAUGCGGCGGCGGCGGCGGCGCGACGCGCUGCGCCUCAACCUCAACAAGAUGCUGCUCCUCAUAGCGCAACGCAAGACCUUUGCUAACAGCCCGUUCGCGCUAGAAGGGGGCAGUUUACACUCCUCCCUGACCGAGUACCUGGACGGCGUGCGGCAGUGCCUGGAGGUGGAGGCCGAGAAGGACGCGCCGGCGGCUCGGGAGCAACGGCUCACCUUCGCCGACUUCGUCACCGAACUCAUCAAGAGCUUCCCACUGGACAUGUACGGAUCGCUGAUGAAGAAGGACCUGUGCCGCAGUCUGUUUUCCCUGUUCUCGGGCUGGUGCGGGCCGCUCGCCAAGCAUCUAGGUGCCCUUGUUCCUCAACCACCUACCCAAGAGAACGACGAGCGGCUCAACCUAUCCGCCUUGAAGGCAAUGAGUGCACUGGUCUGCUGCGGGUCAUGUUUCGCGCCGACCGCCCUCGCCGAAGACGGCUCGCUGUACCCCUGGCUGAGCGAGAUGCUUUCCUCCACUAACGAUAAGAUAUACGAGCUGGCCCGCGAAACGAUAGUGCUCCUCCUAGACUGCAACCCGGACAUUGGGCCUCUGCUCGACUGGACGGUGGACAAAUGCUUCACGGGGCCGCCCCGCGUCGCGGACGGCUGCUUCAUGGCGCUCGCUACCAUAUUCAGUGCCAGGGAGUACCCGUGCGACCACUACACGGCGAUCAUCAACGUGACACUCAUGUGCACGGGCUGCCCGCGCGCGCCCGUGCACGAGAGCGCGCUGCAGCUUCUGCAGCUGCUGGACAAGCGCUUCUUCGGCACGGUGGGCCCGCUGCCUGCGGCUGACCCGGACAACGGAUCGGAGAAGGGACGAGGGACUCUGGAUGCACUUUUGUGCACCACCUAUUGCCGCUCCCAGCUGUACCUCUCGCGGCAGCUUGCUCAGUUGCACCCCGAGCUAACCAUGCCCAUGUUCUCAGAAAUAACGGAGCGGUUCCAAACGGCCCGCACCGAGGUGCGGCAGCUGCUGCUGCAGUACCUGCUGCCGUGGCUCGUCAACAUCGAGCUCGUCGACCCCAACGUGCCGCCGGCUAACCCGCUCUCUUACAUACAGUAUUACACGUCAGAAGCAGGGCGGAGUGGGCGGCGCGAGGGCCUCGGCUCCGCUGAGGCGACGGAGAUGGUUCUCAAUAACUUGUUUUACAUCACGGCGAAGUUCUCCGACCAACAUCCUAAAGAAAUUGAGGAGCUGUGGUCUACGCUAUGCGCCUGUUGGCCUAACAAUCUCAAAGUGAUAAUACGAUACCUAAUUAUAGUAUCGGGGAUGGCGCCUAACGAACUGUUGCCUUACGCUAAGCGGGUGGUGUUGUAUCUCGCGCGAUCGCGGCCCGAACGUCUCCUGGACGAGAUGAUGACUGAACUGCAGACUGUGGAAACGCUGAACUGCCUGAUUGAGCGCACGGAGACACCGCCCUUCUACAGGCUCACCUCCAUGAGGAAGGCAACUUCGGGGCACAGCGACGGCCCCGGCACUGGCUCUCAGGACGCUACAGGGCGGACGGGAGAGCUGGCGCCCGUGGAAAAGGGAACGAUUCACACAAAGAGACAUAGCGGCGAAGAUCCCGCUAAGGCGAGUGGUGGCAAAGCUGGGGACACGGCAGCCCGAGACAGCCGAGCGGCGGAGAAACGCGCUUCGGCACCGCCUUGCGCCACGCCGCCGGCCGAGGCCGAACCCUCACCCUCCGACGGCGAUGCCACUCCGACGGGCCUGUGCCCCGAGCUGGGUAUGGGCGGCACGCCGGCGGGCAGCGCGCCGACCACGCCGCAGGAGCCGCGCAUGGACGUGCCGCAGCCGCGGCCGCUGCCCAUGCCCGAGUACGGCGGGUUCUUCGCGCGCCUCACCGAGUACCUGCCCGACAGCAGCCAGCCCAUCUCCGGCUUCCACAGAUGCAACGUGGCGGUAAUGUUGCUGUGCGACGUGGUGCUGGACGGCGUGGAGCUGGACUGGUCCAUCCACGUGCCGCUCAUGCUGCACAUCGUGUUUCUGGGCAUGGACCACACCAGGUGGAUUGUUCACCAGCAUUGCCGGCAAUUGCUGCUAAAUUUGCUCGUCGCAGUGGCAGCGCACCACGACCACUUGACUGUGGCUCGGGUGCUGCUGGCCAGCCGCUCCGCGCAGCUCGGCCUCGGCAUCCCGCCCGCCUUGCCCCUGGUACCCCACAACUUUACAGAACCGGAUGCCGUAUUCGACAGCUAUUUACAGUGCAACGGACACUCGCCUCGGCCGCACCAACCAUUAUCCUUUAACUCGGACCCGCAAGUCACGCCUGAAGGUGAAGGGGAGCACUACCCAUCGCUGCCGGUGAUCGUGACGGAGGGCGAGGCGGCGGAGGGCGAGGCGACGGAGCCGGGGGCGGCGGAGCUGCCCGUGGCCGACGUCAUCAAGUCGCUGGUGCACUUCCUCGCCAACCGCCCCACGCACAUGCCGCUCUGGCAGUACGAGGACAUCACUGCUAAAGUGUGGAGCCUGCGCAGCUGCCAGCAGAUGGCGACGCUAGUGCGGCACGUGCUGCGCGUGUUCCGCGAGUCGCUGCCGCUGGCGCUGGUGUCUGAGCGCUGGGCGCAGACCGCGCUGCAGCUCGGCCUCUCCUGCCCCUCGCGCCACUACGCGGGCCGCUCGCUGCAGGUGUUCCGGUUCAUCGGCGUGGCCAUGACCGGUCGCAUGGUGUCGGACAUCCUGUCGCGGCUGGUGGAGACGGUGGCGGAGCAGGGCGAGGACAUGCAGGGCUACGUGACCGAGCUGCUGCUCACGCUCGAGGCCGCCGUCGACUCGCUCGAGUCCAACUUCAGACCGCUCGACUACAUGCGCGACAUAUUCAAGUCCACGCCCAACCUCAACAACAAGGACGGCGGACAGCCGGCCAACGGUGGAACGUUCUCCGCUGGCAAGCGGUCCCCCGGCGUGUGCGUGGGCUGCGUGAGCAACCAUACGCGCAGCACCAGUUACUCCGUGUCCUACUGCGUGCGCAAGAACGCGCCGCCCUCCAGCGCCGACAAGCAGACUCACGAGACCCGGACUAGGCCCUGCAGUGAAGCAGCAAAGGGGAUCUGCUCGAACUUGUGUCGCUCCAGAUCAGCGCAGUCGCUUAAACUGUUAGGCGAUAGUGCAACUCAGGACGACAAGCUGACCAUCCUAGCGACACUAUUCUGGGUGGGCGCGUCACUACUGGAGUCGGACUACGAGCACGAGUUCCUGCUGGGCGUGCGGCUGCUGGCGCGCGUGAUGGCGCGCCUGCCGCUCGACCGGCCCGACGCGCGCGACCGCCUCGACCGCACGCAGGCGCACACCUCGCCCUCGCUGCACUCGCUGCUGCUCAAGGGCUGCACACACCCCAACACUUACGAGCCGGUGGUAGGCGUGCUGGCGGACAUGAUCCCGCUGCUGGAGCUGCCGGUCAUCGACCCCACGCAGUCGCUCGCCUUCCCCAUGACCGUGGUGGCGCUGCUGCCCUACAUGCUGCUGCACUACGAGGACGCCAACGAGCUGUGUGUGCGCGCCGCCUGCCACAUCGCGCAAUUCACAGCUGAGAAGAGCAAGAAGCUUGAGAAUCUCGGCACUGUGAUGACGCUAUACUCGCGGCGCACGUUCAGCAAGGAGAGCUUCCAGUGGACCAAGUGCGUCGUCAAGUACCUGUGGGACACCUACUCACACCUCUCGCUGCAGAUGCUCGCCUUCCUCGUUGAAGUACUAGAGAAGGGCUCGGCGAGCCUGCAGCUGCCGAUCCUGGCGGUGCUGCACUGCAUGCUGUACUACGUGGAGCUGAACGCGCCCGCGGCGCAGCCCGUCAACGCCGACCUGCUGCGCGUCGUCGCCAAGUUCAUUGACGACGGAAACAACUACAAAGAGGCGAUGAAGAUUCUAAAGCUUGUGGUGACGAGAUGUUCGACGCUAGUUGUGCCUCCGUAUUGGGACAGCCACGCUUCUUCCAUUCUUGACACGGAGCUGCAUGGAAAAAAGGAACUCCCUGGGCGGACGAUGGAUUUCACAUUCGACCUGAGUCAGACGCCGGUAAUCGGGCGCAAGUAUCUGCCUAAAGCCGGCAGUCAGCCCGCCACGGGACCAAGCUCGCUGUCUAACGCCUCUACCGCCACUACUGACAAAGGUUCGUCAACGUCGGCGUCCACGUCGGCGUCGACGGUGGUGGGCGGGGAGCCGGCGGCGGGCGCGGCGCAGCCGGCCAGCGUGGCGUCGCCGCGCCGCUCGCUCUCGCUCUCGCCCGCCGACGCGCUCGCCUCCGGCUGGAAGAGGCCCUGGAUGUCGCAGAGUCGGGUCCGAGAGUGCCUUGUAAACCUUCUAACAACUUGCGGCCAGAGAGUCGGCCUACCCAAGAGUCCAUCUGUGAUAUUCAGCCAAAGCUCGGAGCUGCUGGAGCGCGAGUCCUCAAUGGCUUCGUCUCUGGAGGAGGUGUCGGGCACGCCCGGCAACGAGCCGUCCGGCGGCGCGCCGCCCACCGACCACUUCGGCGUCUUCAAGGACUUCGACUUCCUCGAAUACGAGAGCGAGAGCAUCGAGGGCGAGAGCUCGGACAACUUCAACUGGGGCGUGCGGCGGCGGCUGCUGAGCGAGGAGCGCGACGAGGGCGCCGCGGCCGAGCGCAGCCCGCCGCAGCCGCCGCGGGCCGCCGGCCACCCCAGCGCCGCGCCGCCGAAGCUGAGCGGGCACGAGGACUCGUCAGACGAGGAAGGCGGGUGGGAGGAGGGCGCGGGCGGGCGCGGCGGCGACGGCGACGCGGGCGGCAGCGAGCUGGCGCUGCGGCCGCGCACGCACUCCUUCUCCAGCGCCUCCAGCGGGGAGCCCGACGGUGACCGCGGCGACGUGACGCCGGUGCCGGGCGCUAGUGCGAGCGCGAGCAGCGGCGGCGGCGCCGUGCGCGACGCGUGGCGCGCCUCCGUGGCCGCGCUGCUGCGCCACGCGCAACACAUGCAGCCCAUGGCGUUGGUGCACCGCCUGCACACGGUGCUCAAGGAGGUGACGAUGAAGACGGUGUCGCUGUGCGGCGAGUGCGGCGGCGCGCUGGGCGCGUGGGGCGGCGGCGAGCUGGGCGCCGUGCUGGAGCGGCUCGCGGCCGAGGAGCCGCCGCUGCUGUGGGCCGCGCCCGCCGCCGCCGACUGCGCGCGCGUGCGCGACGCCGUGCGCUUCGCCGCGCUAGAGAUUAACGAACAUUUAGAGACUUACUUCGACAGGCGGGAGCACGCGUUAGAGGCAAUGGAAGUGUGGCGAGGCAGCCCUCACGAGGAGGUGGUGCGCUGCCUGUACAAGUUGAUCUUCCAACUUUUGCUGCUGCUGGAGACCAACAACAAGAUGGUGGUCGCCGUCUACCACGCCGCGCUCGACAACCGGGGCGUGGAGAUGAGCAGCGCUGUGAUGGCGGUGCGCGCGGCGCUGGCGGCGGGCGGCAGCGGUGGCUCUAUGGACGCGUGGCCCGAGCACGCGCCCGCGCACGACGACGCGCGCCUGCUGCACCUCAUGCAGCGACAGAGAUGGGGCGCGGCACUAGCGGUGGCGCGCGAGCGCAACGCGGAGCGCAUCCUGGAGCGCGGCGAGCUGCCCGAGGAUGACGCCACCAGCCUGCUGCACGUCUACUGCAAGCACCUCGCGCUCAAACACCCUGACAUGGUGGCGAUCACGCGGCCCGUGAGCGAGCUCUCCCAGAACCUGUCCUUCAUGAUGGAGAGCCUCUACAAGGUGUCCGUCGCCCUGCAGCGCCACGACUUCGGCUAGCCUGCACACAUACCAAAGCGUCUAGAUACACAGCUAAUACACACCUUCAAAAACCUUUAGCUAAUUAGAAUACCAAAAUAUUCUCACUCGCCCUAAUUUUAAAUCACACAAGAUGUUCAACGUUGAGCUGACAAAGAAUAAUUUAUAGUAAGUUAGUUAAUUUGACUAGGCUUCUUUUAUCGGAAGCGCCAAUAAUGUUCCCAACUCAUGAUGACAAUAUUUUUAAGCAGUAUAUCAUGGAUAGUAAAAUUUUAAUGCGAAAUAUACAACAAACGGAUUAUACUAUCGAACCAACUGAAGCAUGAUCCACCAUACGCUCAUUUUGCCAAACCGUCUUAAUGUAAGUAGAUCGAGAUUCGCUUGCAGAUACGGUUUCCUUGGUGACGAACUUGUUUUCAUUUUAUUAAACACUGAAUGUGUGUAGUGACUUUUUUUUAUACCACGUCGGUGGCAAACAGGUCUACGGUCCUACUGAUGGAAAGAGGUCUACGUAACCUAUGGACGCCUGGAACUCAAGGGGUGUCACAUACCCGUUGCCGACCCAUUAGAAACUUGUACACUCCUUUUUUGAAGAACCCCAUACUGUAGUUCAUCGGACAUCCCUAAUUUAGUUAGUAUUUAAAACGACCUAAGUGCAUUAUAAGAUAAGCGAUAGAACUUACAAGUUUGAAAGAUUCAAACGAAUUAUCUGUCAAGUGGGUCAUGAAUCAGUAGUUUCGAUAGUUACAUUGUAAUAGUUACAUUAAAUUAAACACAACCAAGAACCCGCCUGGUGGGCAUUCGUAAACUUUGCUCAGAUGCCGGAGAACCCGCCUGUCGGGUUCUCGCCAUACAAACGGGCGGUUUCUGACGUAUUAUCCCGGAGCUGUAAGUUCCUCUUUUUGACACAUUUGUUUUGAAGUAUGUUGCGAUGUGGCUAAGAUGUAUCGUUUGGCAAAUCUAGCGGUUAUUUACGAAUUGGUUGAAUCGAUUAGGCCCUUUGUACAAGAAGGCGCUAAAACCAAACGGUCAUUGUACCUUAUGGUUUGUUCAUUAGUGUUAUUAAUAAACCAGUUCUUCAUCUUAUUUAAUUUUAUUGUAAUUUUUACUUGGUUUUAAAAGUAUAGUGUAUUAUAUAAAAUAUACGAUUUCUAUCAAAUUACUGAAAUGUCAUUUGAAUCGAAAUGACGGACUCUGCCACAGCACUAGUUUAAAUAUAAAAAUGAAUGAUCAAUGACAUAAUAAGUAAAUGCUGCGUGAUAAUUUAAUAACGUAAAAAUACUUACUAACGAAGAUCCGCAAAACUGUAACAUGUGUUAGAUUAUGUUUAAAGUGAAAUAUUGUUUUUAAGUACUUGAAAUUUUUUAUAUUAUUUUUAUUUAAAAUUUCAUUAGGUCGCGCGAGUUUACGUUUUGUGGUUACUGUCAUGUGUCAAAAAGAAGAACUUACAGCUCCGGGACAAUAGUGCGCCGUUUUUUGUCUGUUACUGAAUGUGUAUAAGUACCACGAUUUUUAUUAUUUUGUCAUGUGCUAGUAAAUGGCUCUGAAGUGUACUUAAUACUACCGAGUCGUCGUCUAUUGUUCCUUCAAUAGAUUCUAUAUUUUACGUUUAUGGUGACGACCUUUAUAAGGUCUAAUUUCCCCCAAUAUACCUAAGGGACGUUCCUAUGAUUUUAUUUAAUAGAAACUUCUAAGACAUCUGUUAUCACUCAACAUUUCCUCCUAUCUAGUAUAUUAUGUUAGACGUUUCAAUAACCGGUUCUUUACUUUAGCAUCGAUUUUUGUGAAAAUUGUAUAGAUAUAGGUACCCUUAUACCUAAGGGACUUUGUGUUGCUGAGGGCUAUAAAAUACUCAUAGUUACUAAAACAGUAUACUAAUCUUAUUACACCGGGCGGUAAUUGACUGAUCUCACAUGAUACAUAAAUUUACAAAUAACUGCUUGCAGUAACUGUAACACUACCUACCUUAACUCUAAUGACUAAAAAAAAAACGUUUUAUUUAUUUCGAUAUUGGACUUCCUAUGUGGUUUACGAAUACGUAAUUACAUUGUUGUCAAUACAAUAUAAAAUACAAUAAACGUUAAGCUCUACAGUAACACAGAAUAGCUAUUACAGAGGAGUAGGGCGAACACAUCAGGAAGGAGAAAGAAGAGGUUUCACUGACGACUAGCGUCCUACUACUACACAUAGGCCCCAAUAAAUUUGUAACUAACUCUGUCAAUUUGACAAACAUAGAUCUAUUAUUAUUAAGCUGGCAAAUUUUAAAACCAACUACUAUGUAAUUACUUGCUGAUAUCGUUUUUUUAAUUAAUAGAUACUUAUAUCUAUUUAAAUAUACAUACAUAAACAUGAACUUAUUAAAAUAUUAGAAGAAAAUAUGACACCUUGCUUUGACUUUUCAAAGUACGAUGACUGUAUUAUGACUGUAUGUUGAUGUAUUUGUUUGUAUGAUCAUGCCGCUUGCGCCCGUAUUCAUGAUGAUUAGUGGCAUUCCAAGAUUAUUGACUAACAAGAAAAUCUCAUAUGGCUUGAAUUAUUUAUUUACUUUUCUUACGCAGAAUUAUAAAAUGAACUAUUACGACAAUAAAACGUUGACGCGCGUUUUCGCUAGUAAAGAGAAAUUAAAUUGGAAUUUUUAAGAAGCUUACAUUGCCGGCCACACCUGGCAUCCAAGCAUGGUCACGCGAUAAAUGAUAUAACAUCAGGCUGUCCAUUUCGCACUAUUUGUAAGUGCGAUAGGGACGGCCUGAUGUUUUAUCGUUUAUCGCGCAACCAUGCUAUCGCUGCUGUUGCUUAUUUAUAUCUUCUACUUGCCGGAAACUAUGUCGUCGCUUUUACACUUUUGCGAAUAGACCUUGCACUAAAGUGAUGGUAACUAACUCAGUAAGAUCUCAACCACAUAAUAUAUAACGCUUAUACACCAUCGGCCAUGUUGAGUUACGAGGCCCGAUUGACUACCCCAAAUACAGUACGCAGUGAUGAAUAAAGCACAUUGGUCAAAUAAAGCAAGCUUUGCAAGUUUCCGUGAUGGAUACCCAUGAUGGUCAUAAUAGCCCUGAUAAAAAAAAACACAAACUCAUGGUGCAUGGGUUUGGUAGAAUUGUAUCGAUGAGUAUUAUUUGACAAAAAUCUUACUAUACAGUCUUCUUUCAGCAAAAUACACUAUCUACGAUAGUUAAGGUACUUCCCCUUCAUGUCCCAUAAGUUUGGGACGUCCCUGUAUUUUGUCAUUUCAUAACCAAAGCAAUAUUAGGGUAACGUUUUAUUGUAUGGUUAAUUGUUGGCGUCAAUCCUGCAGGCAUAGGAGUUAAGGAAAUCUCCAGCUAAGUUUUAAGCUAAACUGAACCCUGAUUGUUGGAAUACUUUUUUAAAUGAGUCAUGAUUUUGACAUCAGAGUCGUUAACUUGUGACCUUUUUCUAAAAUGUGUGAAUAAAGAGUAUUCUUUGAAUCAUUCUAAAAUAUGUUUUUACACAGGCCGAUGUGUAGGUAACAUUCAUUACCGGGUACUGUAUCAUAAAUCAUGAAUUUAUGUGUAACAGAUUUGUAUUACUGAAAGGCUUUUGCGAUAGAGAGAAUGAUUGUGAUAUUGAACUAAUUUGCAUAAUCAUUAUUAACCUUUUAACCACGUUAUGUGAAAGUAGGACACGCAAUUUUCUAAUGUGUCAUUAUUAGGAAUAUCUUUUCAUAAGGGCUUAUUUUGCAUGGUUUUCAUAGAGAAAUAAGCGCUUUUGAAAAAACACCUUCAUUUGAGUGUCUCUCAUAUGAUCAUUUUUUUUAUAUAUCUUGACUACUGUGAUUAAAAGGUUAAGUAAUAAUUGUCGAGAUCAUUAGCGAUAACAAUCUGUUUGUUAAUAUUUUUUUAAUUUGAACUUUCGCUAUGGUGAUUUUACUAUUAAUUGUUAUGCAUUAUGAUUUAAUAUAUCUGAUAAUUGUAACCAAUUGUACAUGUAUUAUAAAUGUAUUUAAUGAAUAAAGAAACAAUUGUGUA